AAUAUUGAUAUGUCUUUCUGACCGUAGUGGCAGUCAGCGCACCUGUUAUUGCAUGGAAAAGUUAAUGAGACCGGAACCAUCUCUUGCUCUCCUGGAGGAGCGCGCAGGUUCUAUGGUUAGACAAAAACAUUACAAAAGUGGGACGAAUGGAGCAGAGAUGCUGCUAAAUCUUUAUAUCUGAGAAACAGUUAUGCAGUUAAUUUGAAUGCUUUCGUUUCCGGGCCUCUCCUCCCACUUUCUGCACUAAUCUUUUCAGCAGAGGCGCGCUGCGCCUUUACGCACGACUAGUGGCACUAGCGGAGUGUACAGAGCCAUGCAGGUCGUCAGUGUAUGAGGGUUUCCCACUUAAAGCUGCCACAGCUGCUAGAACAUGAUCCUGCUGCCUGGUCUGUUGUUUAUUCUCUGGGGAGAACCGGGUCGGUGUCGGGGGGAGGAUGGAGGCUUCACUUUUGAUGGAGAUAUCCGUCACUUCGCCGUGGCCACCAACUCGGUUUACAUCGCUACAGAGGAGAGGCUGUACCAGCUGAGCCACAACCUGACUCUGGUCCAGAGUCGGACCCAGAGAGGAUUCAUGAAGGACGGUGCCAUCCCGCCGGUUGAGGAGCAUUUCUACCGUGUUUCUGAGGUGGCGUUGUGGAACGCAACUUUCAGCGUCAACGUGUUAUUGCCAUUUGUUGAGAACGGCACUCUGAUCAGCUGCGGGGUGACCGACGAUAACUGUGGUUACUGUGAGGUUCUGGACCUGAUGAACAUCUCUAAGCUUGUGCACAGGGAGAGCAUCCAUGUGGGACCACUGAGGCGCAGCAGCGCGUCCGUCUCAGUCUUGGUGACAGUGGAGAAGAGUCCAACCCAGAGACACUUUUACAUUCUGACCGCGAUACAGAAAAACCAUCAAGAACAUUCUGGUCCGAGCCGCUGCCGCUCUAGUACCCAAACUCUCAACCUUCAGAAUACGGAUGAGAAGCAGUCCGGAGGUAUAUUUUCUUUUAAUGAUGACCAUUCCCGAUCUUCUUUCGAAAGUAAAGGCGAUUUGGAGUUUGUGGACGGAUUUCAGAUCAGUUCAACCCUGUAUCUGCUCUCCAACGUGCCCUCCGGCUCCAAAAGUAACAAAGUCCGUCUAAUUUGGUUUGAGGGCAAAACCAACAAGAUCGAGACUGUCAAGUCGCUGCGGGGCGCGACUCUCAGUGUCUCUGAAGGUGGUGGUGACGGUAACAGACUCCUGGCCUCCUCGCUGAUCCCGGGCGGUCCGCCGGUGCUCUGGAGCGGAGUGUUCAGUGUGGAUGAAGGACAGCUGAACACCAAGCUGGUAGUGUUUGACAUCAGCCCUGAUCUCAGCGGAGAGGCCGAUGCAGAUCCAGACUUCUGUAGUGAUUGUAACACCAAGCAAACAGUUAAAAAGACACUGAAGCCGGAGGCAGUGCUCUUCAGGCAGAACCACAUGACCUCUGUGCUGGCAGUGAGGCAGAAGGCCUGGAUGGUUUUCUUCAUCGGGACGGGAGAUGGGCAGCUCAUUAAGCUUGCUGUGGAUAAGAAAUAUCACACCGUCUGUCCCACGGUGCUCUACAGGGCCGAUGAUGACCGCAGAGUGUUUCCCAAAAUACAACUGGAUCAAGUCGAUCGUAAACAUGUGUACGUGCCAUUUCAGAACAAGAUGGAGCGUGUCCCCGUGUCAACGUGCAGCACAUACAAAAAUGUGCAGGAGUGCUGGUCUGCACAGGAUCCAUACUGUGUCUGGUGUGACUCUAAGAGUUGCACAUUUGAAGAUGACUGCAAAGAUUCAGACUGGGUGUCCAUUCCUGAUGAUUACCAGCAGAAAAUGGUUUCCCACAAUGUUGCAAAGGACUCCACUGGCCAGAUCACACUUAACAUCCUGACACACCUGACUGCGGGCGAGAAGGCACGGUCCAACUUCGCCUGUCAGUUCCUUGUGCGUUCCAGAGAGCUUUGUAGGAAGAAUAACUUUCCUCCACAGUUCCCACAAUGCAUCUGCAUCCUCUCUGAGAACAUACUUCCUGCUGAAGGCCUGGCAGUCAGUGUAAGAAUUAGACUUGGCUCGUUGACCUUAUUGGAACCACUGACACUAACCAACUGCUCUGACAUCAGAGGACCGCCAACUUCUGUCUUGUGUCAGCAGUGUAUCAGGGCUGGAUGUGGCUGGAGCAAAAACCACUGUUCCUGGGCAAAUCAGGGAGUGAGGAAUGAUAGUCUUUGCCAAAUGAUGGGGUCAGGAAUGAACUUUUCUAGGCCAGAGAUCUCCUCCAUCACUCCCAGUGUCGUGUCUUUCUACGGCAGAAACCAUGCAGUGUUGAGCGGUCAUAACCUCAGUGAUGUGACCAGAGUGAGGAUCCAGACUGAAGACUGCUCUCCACGAGAAUCUCCUGUAUGGAACAACACAGGUGUGAAUCUGACGUUCCACAUUCCCAGCACACAAUCAAAAGGCGUGGUCAAAGUAUGUGCUCUCCUCCCAGACGGUAGUUGCCAUGGCAACAUGAAAAUCACCUACAGUUCCUUACCUUUCUGCGCCAACAUCACACCCAGCAGCGCCUGGGACAGUGGGAAGAGGAAGAUCACACUCAUGGGAUCCCACCUUGAGUUUGUGGAGAGGGUCACACACAGCCACGCCCCGCAGGAGGUCAGGCUUCCCAGAAACAGUAACUUUCAGAGUCUCACCUAUGAUGCACCUGCGGCUGGAAACCUUCGGGGGACUUUUACCAGCACUGUGUUUUUGAAAGUAGCCAAUGAAACCUUGUCCUGCUCCACUAAAAUAACCUACUAUCCAGACCCUGAAUUUACCAGUUUCACAUCCACAAGAAUGGGGGACAAUUUGCGCAUCACCAUAGAGAAAAAGGCAGACAAACUGGAGAUGACAACAGCAGAGUUUUCAGUGUGGUGCAUUCAGGCAGAAAAGCAGUACCCCUGUAUCAUGGUGAAAGAAACCGUAAACAAGACUGACUUUUUCACCUGUGUUAUUCAACACACAUCAGAUGCUGAAUUUCAACACUUUAUGAUAACGUAUGGUGACAAGACUGUAAGACUAGACCCUCCAUCUUUAUUACAUCAUGUCCUUCUGAUACUGCGAAUCCUGCUGAUACCAUGUAUUAUUGUUGUGUUGGUGAUUGUCUGUCGAUGGCAAAAGAAACUCACCGCUGAGAUGAAAAAGCUGUGACCGAACCUGCUGAACUUUUAUGGUGGACACAUUACUCUAUGUUCAUUUUUAUUUCUUGUUGAUAAUCCAUUAUUCCACCUGUGGGAAAUGGUUUAAGUUCAUUCUUUGGUUUCAUAUCUUCUUAACAGAGGGAGGCAACUUAUCUAUACAGUGAGUGUAAGUGUGAGAACUGGGCUUUUGCAGCACAUUUCAACCACUUUUUGUAUUGUUUAACUCGGGUGUAGUUGUAGCUUUUAGCUUUUUUCUGCUCAGAAACUAAGGUUCAGAGAAUUUAACUGAUGUAAGUAAAAAGUACUUUUCUUCUUUAUUACAUAGAUUAUAUUAGAGAACUGACAGGGGGUGGGGGCAUGCAACAAAGGUCACCAGGCAGAGCCAAACUGAGGACAUUGCAAUUACAUGGUGAGCAUCUUUAACCCCCUUGGCUCCAGGAUGCCCCCUUCAUGGUGUUUUCAGUUUGUCAGUCCCAUCCUCAUGAACAUAUCUCAGUAACACCUGGAGGAAAUUUCUUCAAAUUAGGCACAAAAAUUCACUUGGACUCAAGGAUGAACUGAUUAGAAUAUGGAGGUCAAAGGUCAAGGCCACUGUGAUCUCACACAACAUUUUGGACCAUAACUCAAUCACUCAUAUGGUAUGACAGAAUUUAAUACAAAUGUCUAUAAGGAUAAAAUGAUAAAGUGAUGACAUUUUAUAUCCAAAUGGUCAAAGGUCAACUUCACUGUAACUUAACAAUAGCUGAAAGCUGAACAUUGUAAUUACUGUAUAUUAAUUUCAACCAAUAAAUGUAAUCAAUAAAUGUAUUUCAUGAAGUAGACAAAGCAAAUGAGACCCAUGUUUCUCAAACACGGCGCAAGGUGACUUGAAUGUUUUAAUGUACAGGACAACUGUAUAUACAAUUAAAAUAUUCAUUUACCUGAUCACGGAUGACUGCAACAUAGACAUUUGUUUGUUGAUCACUUUGAAGGUUGUUCGUAGGUUUGGUUUGAGUAUGUGACACUGUUAAGGUCAGAGUUGAAGUCAACUAGAAUAGCUGAAAGUGGUUGAGAUAGUAGCUAUUGAUGUGAUCCCAGUUAUCCAGUCAAACAGUAACCUCUUCUGCAGUGACUAUUGUUCAGCCAGGUGAAGUGAGAAGUUUGAAAAGGAAGUAAAUGUAAAGAAGAACAAUUCAAAUUAAUAAGAAAUAGCUACAUUUUACCAUGUUACCAAACUGACAUGCUUUGAUAUUCUGUCAUUGAGCAUCUUUGAUCAGCUUUGUUGUGUUGCCCCUGUCUGAUCAUCACUGUCGAUACGUGAUUUCUGGAAAUAAUAUAGACUAUCUGCAUUCAGCUGUUUGGUCGGUGACAUCCACAGUG